UUGUGGGGGAACAGACGCGUUCACGUCUUGGUGGAUUUCCUUCCGCGGGACGAAGCAGGAAGCGCGCAGCGCGCAGCCGCUGCUGGAGCCCCGAGGAUGAAUAAGUUCCAGGAUGGAAAAAUUCUCCAGGACCUGGAAACCCUGCUAAACAGCAAAGGCGGCCUGCAGGCGUUCCGCGGGUUCCUGCGCUCCGAGUUCAGCGAGGAGAACCUGCGGUUCUGGCAGGCCUGCGAGGACUACCGGCUGUCCCCCGCCGGCCUGCAGAAGCUGAAGGCCAGCAGCAUCUACAGCCAGUUCAUCAGCCCCGACGCCCCGCUGGAGGUGAACCUGGACGCAGAGACACGCGAGGCCCUCCUGGACGUGAUGGACUCCCCGUGCGGCCACACGUUUAAGGAGGCCCAGCAGAGGAUCUACAGCCUGAUGGCCAAAGACUCCUUCCCCCGCUUCCUGCGCUCCCCCCACUGCCCGGAGGCCCUCAGGGCCUUCUGA